ACAAGCUUUUAAAAUAAUAAUUUUCUCCACAAUAAUUUUACAAUCACCUUUAUAAAAAAUUACGUGUCAGACCCUUAGUGUAAACAUAUGGCAUGUUCUCGCAUUACUUUACUCCAGCAUCACUUACCAUGGAUAAACUAAAAUGUAAAACCAAAGUUUGAAGAAUGUCUGACCAACCAAAUCUACUAAGCCAACUCCUCCGAUAGCAGUCAUAACUAAAAUGUCAGUCACAACUUUGUUGAAGUUAGGUCAGGGUUUGUUGAUCCAACCCUUCUAAUUCCACUUUCCAGCUUCCGUUCCCUUCUCCUCCUCUUCAACUCUACUCUCAACUGCAAUACAAGUACUUCCUUAGCAUUUUUCUUUACUCUUCUCUGUUUAAAUAAGACCAGAAAAGCUGUUCCGAAAUCUCAUCAGAGCAAUGGAUCAGUUCAACAAAGGAGUAAAGGUAGUCAUUUUCAUUCUUAUGGUUGCAACUAUAGGGUCAGAAGAAAGGAGAUGUUAUUGCAAGGUUGUUCAGUUCAUCUUUGGCGAUUCGCUCUCUGAUGUUGGGAACAAUAACUAUCUCAGUAAGAGCUUGGCUCGUGCUGCUUUGCCAUGGUAUGGGAUUGAUUUCGGUAGAGGAAUGCCCAAUGGAAGGUUCACUAAUGGCCGCACCAUUGCUGAUAUAGUAGGUGACAGAAUGGGUCUCCCAAGGCCGCCAGCUUUCCUAGACCCUACACUGGAUGAUGAGACUAUACUCAAUAGUGGAGUGAGCUAUGCAUCAGGAGGUGGUGGCAUCUUGAAUGAAACUUCAUCUCUUUUUAUUCAACGAUUUUCACUUUCCAAGCAAAUCGAAUUGUUUCAAGGAACUCAAGAAAUGAUAAAGAUGAAGAUUGGCGAGACAGCUGCAACCAAUUUCUUCCAGCAAGCUCACUAUGUUGUAGCUCUGGGUAGCAACGAUUAUAUCAACAACUUUCUCUUGCCAGUCUAUGCUGAUUCAUGGACUUAUAAUGGAGAGACCUUCACAAACUACGUCAUAGCUUCACUUGACGGCCAACUAAGACUUUUGCACUCUCUUGGUGCGCGGAAACUUACUUUCUUUGGUUUGGGGCCUAUGGGAUGCAUCCCCUUACAGAGGUUCUUGACAUUAUCAGGAGAGUGUCAGGAAUCUACCAACAAACUAUCCAUUAUGUUCAACAACAAAGCCAAGAAUGUCCUUGAGACUCUAUCAAAAACUCUUCCAAAUGCUACUUAUCUAUUUGGAGAUGCCUAUGAUAUCUUUCAGGAUCUUAUUAAUCGCCCUGAGAUAUAUGGUUUCUCAAACUCAAAUGAGCCGUGCUGUAGAGUAGCCAAAAUUAGGCCUACACUUACGUGCACCCCAUUGUCAUCAUUGUGUAAGGAUAGAAGCAAGUAUGUGUUCUGGGAUGAGUACCACCCUACAGAUAAAGCAAAUGAGGUGAUAGCAAAUGCAGUUGUUGCAAAGCUUGGGCUUGCAAAGCCAUCAAAUGGAACACAUAAUUCGUAGCUUCCAGACUUUGUAAUUUUGAUGGUAAUGUAGUGUAA